UGGACUUUCCUGUUCAUCCUCAGUGGAACUUGAAAUAUCUUCCUUCCUUUCUCUCUAUCUCUCUCGACGAAGUCUCGAAGUCUCGAAGUCAAUGAACUAAAAUCUCUCUCAGUGGACUUUUCCUGUUCAUCCUCAGUGGAAAUUGAAAUAUCUUCCAUUCUUCCUUUCGUUCUCUCUCUCUCUCUCUCUCUGUAAAUGGAAUACAGAUGGAAUAGGAUCGGAUAGAGCAGAAAAAAAUCAGGCUUCUAAUUUUUUUUAAUAGUGAAUAAGCUAGAUAACAGAGUGCUGCUAAUAACAGAAAUUUGAAGAAAAAAAAUUAAUGGAGAACGCAAACACAUCGCUGGGAUUGCGCGUUUUCCUAGAACGGAUGCGAAAGCGAAACCCUUCCGCCGCUGAUUUUGUCAAGCCCAUCAAAAGAUGCCACAUAUUGAGUUUAUUGAGUGCGAGUUUAUCUACGCUGUUUGCUGCGUUUCAAGCCAAAAAACAUCAUUUUUUAUGCUUUCUGGCUUGAACCGCAGUUUUCACUGUGUAGACAAACGGGCCCUUACAAGGGAUCAAUCUAUCUAUAGGGAGCCAAAUUAUUACUACUUCGCUGCUGGAAUUGAGAAGGCAGUUUUUUUUCUUUACCCUUUCUACCUAUUAAUACUGAAUUUGCCAUGGAUUUGUUUGAGUCCUACAAUAGAAGGUUUGAUUGUGGGAUUUUAAUUCUGUAUGCAAGCUUCAUUGUCUUCUUUUCAACCUGAUCCAAAAAGGGACAGUGCUCUCGUACAGGAGUUCCUUGCCAACAUGGAAAUGGCUUUCAAGGCUCAGCCGCUUUGGGCUGGUUGUUCCGAGGAGCAGCUCGAGAGUGCUGGUGAAGUACUUGAGAAAUAUGUCAUGACAAAGUUAUUAUCCCGUGUAUUUGCUUCAGUUCCAGAUGACGUAGAAGUUGAUAAGCAACUUUCUGAGAAGAUAUCCGUGAUUCAACCGUUCAUUCGACCAGAAAAGUUAGAUAUUAAGCUGACCUUUCAAAACGAAAUAUCAUGGCUGGAUUGCCGGUGCACUGCAUUACCCUUUUGAACGCUUGGUGUCAAAACCAGUAAUAUACAGGUUAUAGAGCUAUCUGUAGACGGAUCCAAUCUUUUUUAGGCCUUGUGAUGAUAAAGUAACUUCAAAUAUUUUUGUCUUAUUGGUAUCAGUCAAUUAUUUAUCUAAAGCAUUUUCUCUAAGGUAAAAGUAGUGCAUUUGAUUAGCAUGAAAUACUCACAAAUAUGUUCAUUUACAA